GGUUGUCGCACUUCAGGACGACGAUUGUGUCCGCUGCGUAUGAUACUGCCGUUUCCCCAGAUCAUUCUCAUUUGAGCCAACUCGGAUUCGGACUACCGAAGACACCCUAACCCGAUCUUAGGGCUCGGAUUCAUGAAAUGAACGACAAUUACAGCACAACAAACGACACAACCAUCGAUCUCUGUGACCAUGAGCUAUUACACUAGAAACACAAUUGAAAAGACUAGCAUUGCACGACUACAGAGUAGACGCACGGCUGAUAUGUGUGCAAACUGGCCUCCCUCCGAUCAGCCUCAAAAGUCCGACACUCGCCCCUUGAAGCUCCAGUCGCCCCCUUCCUCUGUCCAUCGUCUGACUGGCUCCCUCUUGGGUCCACCCCUCUCACCGGUCUUUGGAUUGAUUUCGCCCUCGAACUCGGGUUCGAGGGGCUUGCGUGCGUCUGGAUGUAACAAAUCUUCUUCCGCUAUUGAUGGUGCAGAGGUUGGGAGGGAUGAUGGGUGGCUGAGAGGAGCCUGUGCUCGUCGAACGAGCUCCUCAAACUCUCGCUGGUCGGCGGCCGGGAGAGGAGGAGGUGAUGGACGCGGUCGUUCGAAGGGCGCGCGUGAGGACAUAGUGCGCAGAGGCUGUUGCAGUCGCGACUGCACGGCUGGCGUAGAGGACGAAGCUUGAAGACGGAUGGAUAGGCGAGCGCGGAUGAGAGCAGAGGAGAGGUACAUGUUGGAGUGAGCGCGACGUCGAGGGCGGUGAUGAGGGCGGGGGGUGGCGGACGUCGGCGUCGACGAGGACAAAGAGGGAUCAGUCAUUAAUUAGAUCAUGCUCACGAAUGACGCUGAGCCCGGGAGAACGCCAAACCAAUCGUCUUCCACCCAUCUUUCGUCUCUCUUGGCCCGUCCUAAACGACGUCGACACACAUGCGCUCCCUCGUUCACAGGGCCUCUACAUCUUCGCUCCCAACUGCUCAGCCCGAUCGCUUAGCUUCUAACAAAAAGCGCAAUGUCGAGCGCGCCUGCGAUGCCUGUCGCAGACGGAAGACCCGUUGUGACGGACCAAAGAUGCCAGACAACAUCUGCUCGAACUGUAUACAAAACAGUCGAUCAUGCGUAUACCUCGAGGCUUCCAAGCCCAGAGGACCCCCUAAAGCUUAUGUUAUCAGCAUGGAGGACAGAAUGGAAAAACUAGAUGCACUUCUCAAACGACUACGCCCAGAAGUAGACUUCUCUGACGAGUUAGGCCCACCCUUCAUUCGCGACUCUUGGAAGAAUGACGACCCGGACUCGGCCCCACCCCCACCUCGUCUUCCGGACAGGAGAUUAGCUUCAAGUCUCGCUCCCCCAAUACCUUAUUCCUCCUUUCCCGCAUUCAACACUAUGUCUAGACUCCGCAAGACUCGUUCUGCUGCUGCCAUCAACAACGUCUCUCAAGACGUAGAUUUCGAUUCAGACCCCUCCGAGGACUAUGCAUCCUCAGACUCGGAAGAUGACCCCUUAUCCCUUAAGACUGACUUCACCACUGUUGCGAAACGGUUAACAUUGCACGGGCUCGACUCGAUCACCAAGGGCGACCACUCUCUUGAAACACAGACACGCUAUUACGGCAGGAGUUCCUCAUAUCACCUCGUCUCCACGACCAGAGAGCUCAGGAAGAUGCACAUAAACGAUAUGAUCGGUGACAAUGAAGAUAAACUCGACGCAGAAACCGCUCGAAGGCGUAUAAUUGAACGCGGCUCGCUCAGACGGGAAGAGUUUUGGAAGGCACCACCCUGGGAGCUUGCUUGGGAGCGUGUCCACAUUACGUCCCCAAAGUCCUUCCCAAACCUACUCAAUCAAUUCCCAGAACCUGACCUCGCACAAGAUCUCAUCAAUCUCUUCUUUCGGCAUGUGAACUGCACGUUUCCGUUACUGCAUCGACCCACAUACGAACGACAAUUCGCAGACAAGAUGCACGACACUGAUAUUUGGUUUGCCUGCCUGUCGAUGGCAAUGUUCGCUAUCGCAAGUCGGUAUUCGAAGGAUGAGCGCGUGCUCAUGGAUGUGCUGCCAGACGAAGAACCAGACGAACAUAGGUGGCAGAAGGCGGGCUGUCGGUUCUUUUUUGCGUGCAUGGAUGUCGUUCUCAUCAAGCGAUCAUGGCUUACGCCAGCCUGCCUGAACGAAGUCCAGACACUAUGUUUGAUAACUACUUUCAUGCGAGAGACUCCAUGGCAUCCUUCUGCUUGGAUCGCUAUCGGGACCGGGAUUCGCAAGGUCCAAGAUGUAGGCGCCCACCGACGUAGAGUCUACGGCUCGAAACCGAGUGUCGAAGAAGAGCUCUGGAAGCGCGUAUUUUGGUAUCUUAUUGGUCAGGACCGGAUAGGCAGCGUAAUGCUUGGGCGGCCCUGCAUGACGCAUCAAGAGGACUUCGACGCAGAACUUCCGCUGGAAGUGGAUGAUGAGUAUUGGGAGAAUGACGACCCCGAACUCGCGUUUCAACAGCCUGAGGGAAACCCGUCCAGGGUCACGGCGUACAACCUGUGGUUGCGGUUGACCGAUAUCAUAGACUUCGUUCUACGGACCUUUUACGCCAUCCACAAGCCAAAAGGCCUACCGGGCUUCGCGGACCAGCAAAAACCGGAGGAUAUCCUCAAAGAGAUGAACGACGCUCUUUCCAAGUGGACCAGCUUGGUUCCUGAUCAUCUGAAAUGGUCUCCAAACAUGGCAGAUCCCGUCUUCGCCGAUCAGUCAAUGACGCUCUACAUCACAUACAACCUUGUCCAGAUCACUAUCCACAGAACCUUCCUCCCGCCCACCCUUGGCCGUCUCCGCCUCCUCGGCGUCAACGACGUUCAACUGCCCGGGACCGCCCCCUCCCAGGCCAUGACCUCUCUCGCUAUAGCCGUCAACGCAGCGAAAUCGAUCACCCGUUUUCUGGAGGCCUUGCGUCGGCGGGGCAUGUUCAACGAGUCAAUACUGCUGCCGGCGACAGAGCUUUGUGUCGCUAUCCUGUGUCUGAAUGUGUGGGUCCUCAAGGCGAGGCAAAAAGCGAGAAAGCUGAAGGGCCUUGAUCCGAGUCUGGUGGAGACCACCAAGAUCGAGGCGCUCCUUGAGGAUGUGCAGUCGCUGAUGGAGGGACUGGAUUGGGCCGUGCCGAAAUGGGCGCAGGCAAGCGAGAUUGCACAUUAUCUUCAGACUGCGAUUCCUCAGGCUACGGACGAACCAGAGGGCAUAGACGAUAUUCCACUCGAAAUCAUGCCCCCCGUCGAUGCCGACUUUUCUGUGGACGUAUCGUCGGACUCGGAUCCUUAUUACCAGCAAGCGAUGGAACACUCUUGGUACCAAAUUCCCGCUUAUACUCAUCAGCUGCCCUCGAUACAGGAGUCUCAACAUCCGGUACAACCAUCUGAAUAUCAGGCGCACAUCCCCCACACAUCCUGGGACCUGUCUAUUGGACAGGGACACCAACGUGACGCGCUAACGAAUCCGUAUAUCUCACAAGCCGCUUCGUCGUCGUCGUCGUAUGUUCCAGAUCAGGGCCAUCCUCACUCGCUUCCAUUUGACCAUACAACUCAAUGGACCACGACAGCUUACCCUAGACAAGACCUCCCUCCCAUCGUACCCCCUCUCCCUGCAACACAUAAAUCAGCAGCACAAUCCUCCAUCAGGCAACCAUCACUCACGGCGCCUCUAUCACAAGCGACCCAUCCUCUACAAUUCGCGAGCGUCCCGAUCCGAAGGAAAUCGAUGUAUGUAAGCGAGAGGGGACAAUAUAAUCCACAGGAAUUGAGCGUGAAGGAAGAUGUGUAUCCGCAUCCGAGUGAUGUGCCGGUGAAUGGGGCAGGUUUGGAUAGGGAUUAUGGGACUUUUGGGCCUGUGUAUGCCCAUGGGCAAGGGCAAGUGGGCAGUAUGGGUGGAAGAGUAGGAAAUGAGGCGGUUAUGGGUGGCGGGUAUAACGGUGGCGGUGGCAGCGGUGGUGGUGGUGGACACGCAGGUGGAAGUGGGAUGGGCUGGUAUGAUGCAGACCAAGGUCAUCAUAGUAGGCAUGGGCAUGAAAGCACGAAAGUAUAUGAUUGGGAUGAUGUCGAGGCCUAUAUGAAGUACGGGAGUGUGGCAGAGGGGAAGCGGCUCGCGGAAGCACAAGCUCAGGCCGGUAAUCGUCGAUGACCAGUGUUCGCUAACUCAUUUUGCUCGAGGUUUCGUAUUGGCGUCACUCUCUUUUUGGGUUCUGUCAAGGUUCUGUAAAUUACUUAUUGUCGCAACUCUAAUUGUU